AACCCUAUGAGUUUUGACGCCACAGCAUUCACUUUCGUCAUCAUCCUUCUAAUUUGCUUCAUUUGCAUCCUCCUUUUACUAGUGGUUUUUUUAUAUAAAUGUUUCCAAGGCAAGGAAAAUGAGACAGCAUUUUGUACAAAUGCUACUGGAGGUGAAGAUUGUUUAGCUGCUUAUGUGGCGGCCAACAAACAAGGAGAGCAAGAGAAGGUCCUCAUGAAGACUGUGAACUUGAAUGCACCAGCAAGGCCUGGCAUUCUUGUCCAGAGACAAAGCAGGGAGGUGGUGGCCUUACAAAAGAGGGACAGCAUGGAAGCAGAACAGAACAGGAAGAAAGAAGCAGAAGACCCUGAGGAUGGUAAUGAAACCACGGAAGAGGGCAACACUUCAGAGAGAGCACCCAUGCGCAUCUCUAGAACCUCUUCAGCUAUUGAGACCCAAAAGAGACCUUUAAAAGGAGUGACAUUUUCUAAGGAAGUCAUUGUUGUGGAUCUUGGAAAUGAAUACUCUGCACCUCGAAGCUAUCCUCGAGAACAUAAAGAGAGAAAAUGA